AAAUAAGAUAUUUUAACCUCUAACCUAUUUAUACUCUCCGUCCAGUCAUCAACGUCGUCUCUUUGUCGUCGUCGUUAUUUUUAUUUCUCGCCGGAAAAACGAAAAAAACAGAAAAAAGUUUGAAUUUUUAAUUUCGAAAAAGCUAUGGAUCCAAUCGAAUCCGUGGAGUACAAUGGCUUUGAAACCACCAAUGGUGACUCUCACAACAACGACCAUGGUUGGAAGAAAGUAGUGUACCCAAAACGUAACCGGAAGCAAAAACCGGCGGAUCAAGCGGCGGUGGCGAAUGUUGUCUCCGGAAAACUAAUUCCCAAUGGAGCUUUAUCCAAUGGAGGAGACAACAUCUUCCGUUCUCUUGAGGAGCAAGCUGAAGAUCGUCAUCGACGGAUCCUCGCGGCGAAGAAGGCUUCUGAUGUUGCAGAUGCGUCGGAUGGAGUGAGAUCUAAACGGCGAUCUAACGGAUACGGCGACGAAGGGUAUGAUUUUGAUGACAGCGACAGUGAAAUCGCGGUGGGGAAAGAGAAUUUGAAGGUGGAGGAAGUUAAGAAACCGAAGGUUAAGAAGGAGAAGAAGCCUAAGGUUACUUUAGCUGAAGCUGCUGCUAAAAUUGAUGUAUCUAAUCUCGCAGCUUUUCUCGUUGAAGCUUCGGAAUCAUAUGCGAGUCAACCAGAGAUUCAGCUGAUGAGAUAUGCUGAUUACUUUGGGAGAUCACUCUCUCAGGUAUCAUCAGCGCAUUUUCCUUGGGUGAAAACGUUCAAGGAGUCUCCUUUGUCCAAGUUGAUCGAUAUUCCACUUUGUCAUAUUCCUGAAGCUGUGUAUAAGACAUCAGCUGAUUGGAUUAACCAACGUCCCAUUGAGGCACUUGGAGCCUUUGUAUUGUGGGGGUUGGAUUGUAUUCUUGCUGACUUUGCUGUACAACAAGGAGGCGCCAAGAGUGGUAAGAAGGGAGCACAAAAUGCUUCGUCGAAAUCUCAGGUUGCGAUAUUUGUGGCGGUAGCAAUGGUUUUGCGUAAGAAACCUGAUGCUUUAACUAAUAUAUUGCCAACUUUGAGGGAGAAUCCCAAGUAUCAGGGACAGGAUAAGCUUCCAGUUACAGUUUGGAUGAUGGCUCAGGCCUCCCAAGGUGAUAUAUCAGUAGGCUUGUACUCGUUGGCGCACAACUUGUUACCCGUGGUCAGUAGCAAGAGUUGCAAUCCUCAGUCAAGGGAUCUCAUCCUUCAGUUGGUUGAGAGAAUCUUGUCCAACCCGAAGGCCCGGACCAUACUUGUAAAUGGGGCUGUUAGGAAGGGAGAGCGAUUGAUUCCACCUCCUUCGUUUGAGAUCUUGGUUCGACUUACAUUCCCUGCAUCAUCCGCAAGAGUGAAGGCUACAGAGAGGUUUGAGGCAAUAUAUCCCUUACUGAAGGAGGUGUCUCUUGCUGGUGCUCCUGGGAGUAAGGCAAUGAAGCAAGUCACACAGCAAAUAUUCACUUUUGCUCUGAAAGCAGCCGGGGAAGAAAAUCCCUUAUUAGCCAAGGAAGUGGCUGCAAUCACUAUCUGGGCUCUCACCCAAAACGUUGAUUGCUGCAAACACUGGGAGAAUCUUUAUACCGACAAUUUGGAAGCCAGUGUCGCUGUUCUUAAAAAGCUUAUUGACGAGUGGGAGGAGCGUUCUGUCAAGUUGACUCCUGCUGAAACCCUCACUCUCAACCAAACAAUGAAGAGCUUGAGGCAAAAGAAUGAGGAAGCUCUUGCUGAGGGAGGUAAUGGUUCAAGCCAGUCCCUUUACAAAGACGCAGACAAGUACUGCAAGGUGAUCGCUGGGAAACUCUCCAGUGGUGGCUGCAUCAAAAGUAUAGCUACCACUGCUGCACUUCUGGCUGCUACUGGUUUUGCUGGUGCUGCUGCUGUGUCUGCCAACCCCGAGGCUAUAGCCUACCUAAAGAACCUAGUGGAGUCAUUGGACCUCAACAAAUUCGCCGAGACAGUAAUGACAGCGUUGAAGAACUGAAGGGAAUACAUAUGAGGGGGACGAUAAGCAAGAGAAGUACACUCUUUAUCGUCGGUGUAGAGAAGUCCUGGAAAAGCCGCCUUUUCCAUGCUCUCUGAUUACAAACCUGACCGGCAUUAGGGAGAGGUUAGGAGGCUAAAGAGUGAGAAAAGGAGGUUUCUCUCUUGUAAUCAUGUACUUUUGAGGAGUUUUUUUCAAAGCUCAAAAAGUUGUUGUAGUUGAGAGUUGAGACUGUCUAAUUUAAGAUGUUCUUUGUUUUUUUCUUUUCUGGAACAAUAACGUUAUAUUUCCAUUUGCUCUUAUGUUAAGCUCGUACCCCCAAA